AUGCCAAACACAACAUGCUUUACCACGGGGCACUUGGUCACUGAAAAGACUCCAAGGCGGCCUGGUGCAGAGUUGCUCCCUGACGAUCGAGCGCUUCUUGGUGAAGCUCAGAAUUCUCCUCUGAUUUCUUGGAAUGGAGAGACAGCGCAAGUCUUGGAAACCACGACGACGGUGACUUGGACCAGCCUAGAGAGGGCUAUCGAAUCUGGCGGGCCAGCUUACCACCGAAAAGCGAUGACUUCCCAUGCCCAGAAGCUCACGAAACAGAUGAUGGAGGAACAAGCUCAUACAGGUUUAUGGAAAGACAGUCGUCCUACAUCAUACAACACGUCUCCGGCGACCAGCAAGGCUGAUUGGACCAGUCCAGCUAGUUCUAUCAUUCUGGAUGACUCCAUUAUGAUGGAAAAGGAAAGAGUCGCUGGCAGUGACGUUGUCGUUCCUGAUGCGGUGAACAGUGCCAUUGUGCAAACUGAAGACGAAAUAAGCUUGACCGACGUUGAUAUGGAGGCUGAAAAUGGUGGCACAAGCCUCAAGAGCACCCAAAAUGCACUCUUCCUCUACGCAUUGAAGGAAAAGUAUACCCUCGUCAAUGACCAUGCUAUACCCUCCAUCAUCCAUGACGAAGAAAUCUUGAUCAAAGUCACUGCUAUUGGUCUGAACCCAAUCGAUUGGAAGGGACCAGCAUUCAACAUUGGCGUACCCGGUCUACCAUGGGUCUUUGGGCGCGAUCUAGCUGGCGUUGUCGUCCAAGCGCCUUCGAAAGCGCCCCGUGUCAAGGUCGGUGAUGUUGUUCUGGUUCCGUCUACCGACUACAGAGAUAUCCGCAAGGCGGCUUUCCAGGAGUAUGCCAUUGCAGCACACUAUAAUGCAACUCGGAUUCCUCAAGGCACUUCAAUUCACCACGGCGCUGCAUUGGGCGUUGCGUUUGUCGCGGCCGCCAUGGCGCUCGGAAUUUCGUUUGGGCUCGAUUUCUCCUCUCACACCAAUGUCCCCGGGCCCAAUCUACGGCAGAUACUAAGGGAGGUCGAAUGGGAGCAAAUUUCGGCAGAUGUUAGAGACGAGUGCCUUCUCAGCACACCGCAAUCAGAGUGCAUGAAACGAGGGGACUGGAUUGCCAUCUGGGGCGCAUCCACUACAACUGGAUAUAUCACAUUACAACUCGCCAAAAUGUAUGGGCUGAAGGUGGUCUGCGUGGCCGACGUUGCCCGACACGGGGGAAAGCUUCACGAGGCCGGGGCCGAUGUCCUGGUGGACCGGCAAGAUGUGACCCGGGCUGUGGAGAUCAUCAACGGUGUGACCGCAGGAAAUCUUCGGUUUGGCAUCGAUAUGGUCGGCAGAGAUACAGCUACCCUUCUCCAGAGUACUCUCGCGAUUCGGAAAUCGGGCGGCACUCGUGCCCAUCUGGUGGGAAUGACCGGGUUGCCCAAGGAAAGAGACCACUAUAUUCAAUAUCACAGCGUCCCCAUCAAGACUUUCCAUGAAGUGCCUGCACUCGGAGAAUCUUUGAGUAUGUGGUUGGAGGCACUGUUACAAAACAACGGUUUGAUCUUACCCGAGGUCAUUGUGCGACAGGGAGGUGGCUUGUCGGAUGUGAAUGACGCCCUUGACCUGUUAAAAAGUGGCGUAGCAUCCGGGAAACGGAUUGUCAUUGACAUGGAGAACCGAAAUAUCUGA